AUGUCUAAGGCGGCUCCGCAAGCUAGAAAGAUAACACAUUCUGAGGUUUUUCUUAAGGCAGAGAAGCUGGGACAGAUUGUCCGUAAUCAGCGCGGGGCUGUCACGGCUGACACAAUAAGAAAUGUUUUCGAAUACCUUGACUUCGACAACAAGCGCUACAUAACAAUUCCCGUUCUAACAGGGUUCCUUACACAGUGCGAAGUCGUUGCAGAUGAUGUCUCUGUCUAUAAUGAAAUCUUGCGCUAUCGUGAGUCUCGAAUAAAGAAAGACGAGUAUUUUGAAAAGCCUUCGAUGGCCAAAGUGAUGAUUUCUCUAGAGGAGUUCUCAUAUUUCAUGCUGUGCUCCACAUUUACCAGCAAAGAGCUCCAGCCCAUUCGGGAGUCAUUUGAGUUGCUAGAGAAGAUUACGCCGUCUCUGCGUGCUGACCAGCCAGGAACCCUUAAAACUAACAUUCUAUUUAGAGAGCUACAGUUCUGGGGAAUUAUGACCCAAGAUGAAAUAGAACAAAUAAGGCCCUUUUUUGGCAUACUCCCAGACAGAAAAACAAUGGAUGUUAUCAACGCCGAGAAGAUUCUGGCCCGGGUUUGUCUGGAUUGA